UGACGCAGGUGUUCCGCGAGGCGGCGCCGAUGGCGGCCGUGCUGCCCCCCUACCUGGCGGCGGAGGCGGCGCGCCGGCUGCGGCGGGCGGGCGUGCGACUGCUGCCCGACGCGGAGAUCCUGGCGAGCGGCGUGGCCGAGGGGCGCGUGCGCCUCGAGCUGGCGGGCGGGCGCGCGCUGUCGGCCGACCUGGUGGUGGAGUGCGUGGGCAGCGAGGCGGACGGGCGCCUGGCGCGCGCGUCGGGCCUGGAGACGUGCGAGGCGCUCGGCGGCCUGCUGGUGAACGCGGAGCUGCAGGCGCGCGCGCGCGUGUACGCGGCCGGCGACGCCGCGUGCUUCCACGACGUGGCGCUGGGCCGCCGCCGCGUGGAGCACCACGACCACGCCGUGGCGUCCGGCCGCCGCGCCGGCGAGAACAUGGCGGCGCUGCAGCCGCCGCGCGCCUACACGCACCAGCCCAUGUUCUGGAGCGACCUCGGCCCCGACUUGGGAUACGAGGCCAUCGGCAUAGUGGACUCGCGCCUCCCCACCGUGGGCGUGUUCUCGGCGGACGCGGUCACGGAGGCGGAGCCGCGCGCCGCCGAGGCGGGCGCGGGCGCGGGCGGUGACGUCACACCGGACGCGGACGCGACCGCGGGCGGUGACGUCACGGCGGACGCGACGGCGCGGCGCUACGAGCGCGGCGUCGUGUUCUACGUGCGCGAGCGGCGCGUGGUGGGGGUGCUGCUCUGGAACCUGUUCAACAGGAUGCACGUGGCGCGACAGGUCUUGCAGCAGGGAGAGUUCGAAGACCUGUUUGAAGUGGCGAAAUUGUUCACUCUCCAUCAAGAAGAGUGAACUGAGAUAGAACAUUCGUUUUGCAUUUGUAUAUAAUGUUAUUAUAAAUAAAAUAAUUAAUUUACACGUCUAUUAUCAUUUCAUUUAUUCUCUACUACUAUCGUAAAGAUCUUGUGUUGUGUUUGUUGUUUCGUUCUGUUGUCAUAAAAAUUUAAAGUAGGAAAAAGCUGCCCUAGUCCAGCUAG